AUGCGUCGACCAGCGCAGCCGACCAAGACAAGGCUGGCAGACGAGGAGGUGCCUGAGCUGGCCUUGGUGCCAGACGGCGUCUCUCGAUGGACUGGCGCGGACCUCGAUGCCCUGCGCAAUGCUGCUCGCCGCGGCGGUGCGGAUGCGGCGCAGCAGGACCUGGAGCGCAAGCUGUGCCGCACCAUCGAUAUCCUCGGCGCCCGUAGCCAACAGGCGCAGGAGAUUAACUCCGUUCUCACCUCUGUGGCGCGACUCCGGGAGAACAGAACCUUCCGGCUCUACUUGCUUACCCAGAACCACCGCGGUGCCGGCAUUCUGAAGGUGGGGGUGAAGAAGCUGUUCGUGACGCACCCCGUUACCUGCGGCCUGGUGGAGGUGGACCCCCUCUGCGUGCUGGACUUCUACGUGGACGAGAGCUGCCAGCGGCAAGGGUAUGGGAAAGUGCUGUACUCGCACAUGCUCAAGGCGGAGCAGGUGCCCAGGCCCGAGGUGCUGGCCAUUGACCGCCCCAGCAACAAGCUGCUCGGCUUCCUCAGGAAGCACUACGGACUCGCCGCGUACACGCCGCAGGUGAACAACUUUGUCGUCUUUCAUAGCUUUUUCGACCACACCACCGUGUCUGAGCGCGGCAAACUGCUGCGGGCGGCGUCUCCUGCGCGCGCAUCGCCGUUUCCGUCCUCCACGAGUGCUGCCACCACCAUCGGCGGUGCAAAGGAAAAAAACUGGACACCCGGGUAG